GCUCGGCGGCGCGUGCGUUCUCCCACCUUCCUGGGCCGGGACUGAAAGACCUUGCCGGUGGAGGUGAAGUCGCAGCACCUCUCUCCGCCCCAGGUCGCCGGGCGCCGGGGGGACCAUGUUUUCCAGCCUGUGGAGGUGGGGUGCCAGCGGCUCCUAUGAGCGGAUCCCCGGAGGGAUCAAUGCUCAGAAAUGCAGUCCAGAGAAAAGUGCUUCAUUCUUCAGUAGAGUGACAUAUUCCUGGUUUAGCAGAAUAAUUAUUUUAGGCUAUAAGAAGCCUUUGGAAAGAGAGGACCUUUUUGAACUUAAUGAAAGUGAUUCCUCCUACAAUGUGUGCCCCAUCUUUGAAAAACAGUGGAGGAAAGAAGUUUUCAGGAAUCAAGAGAGGCAAAAAAUAAAGGAAUCUUUUCACAAAGAGACAUCUAUCAGGAAGCCAUCGCUACUCUGUGCAUUGUGGAACACCUUUAAGUCUGUCCUGAUUCAAGUUGCUUUGUUCAAAGUGUUUGCUGAUAUUUUGUCCUUCACGAGCCCACUCAUAAUGAAGCAAAUGAUCAAUUUCUGUGAACACAGCUCAGAUUCUGGCUGGAGUGGCUAUGGUUAUGCAGUGGCACUUUUUGCUGUAGUCUUUUUGCAAACUCUGAUCCUUCAGCAAUACCAGCGUUUUAACAUGCUCACCUCAGCAAAAAUUAAAACAGCUCUAAUUGGACUGAUCUACAAAAAGGCUCUACUUUUAGCAAAUGUUUCUCGAGAAAAGUUUUCCACUGGGGAAAUUAUUAACUUGAUGUCAGCAGACGCCCAGCAGCUCAUGGACUUGACCGCCAACCUCAAUCUCCUCUGGUCUGCUCCUUUCCAGAUCCUGAUGGCUCUAUUACUCCUUUGGCAAGAGUUGGGACCAGCGGUGUUGGCGGGGGUGGCAGUUCUCAUGUUUGUUAUACCAAUCAACGUUGUAGUUGCAACUAGAGUAAAAAAGCUGAAGAAAAGCCAAACGAAGAACAAAGAUAAACAGAUAAAACUUCUGAAAGAAAUCUUACAUGGAAUUAAGAUCCUCAAACUUUAUGCAUGGGAACCUUCCUAUGAAAAUAAGAUUACUGAAAUUCGAGAUCAGGAAUUGGAAUUUCAAAAGUCAGCUAGGUCACUUGCUGUAUUUUCUAUGUUGACAUUAACUUGCAUUCCAUUCUUGGUGUCUCUGGUGACUUUUGGCAUCUAUUCCUUGCUGGAUGAAGGAAACAUUUUAACUGCUACUAAAGCGUUCACAUCCUUGUCUUUGUUUAAUAUCUUGAGGAUUCCUCUGUUUGAUUUACCAAUGGUGAUCUCAUCUGUGGUCCAGACAAGGAUAUCAUUGGGCCGUCUAGAAGACUUUCUCAACACUGAGGAGCUUCGUCCUCAAAAUAUUGAAACAAACUAUACAGGAGAUCAUGCCAUUGGAUUUACAAAUGCUUCUUUCUCUUGGAAUAAAACAGGGAUUCCACUACUAAAAGACUUGAACAUAAAGAUUCCAGAAGGAGCUUUAGUGGCUGUUGUAGGGCAAGUUGGGUCUGGAAAGUCAUCUGUGCUUUCUGCCAUUCUGGGAGAAAUGGAGAAACUGACGGGAGUAGUCCAAAGAAAGGGCUCAGUGGCUUAUGUUUCUCAGCAGGCCUGGAUUCAGAAUUGCAUUUUGCAAGAAAACAUUCUCUUUGGCUCUGCCAUGCAGAAGCAGUUUUAUGAGCAAGUAUUGGAAGCCUGUGCUCUCCUUCCGGAUUUGGAGCAGUUACCAAAUGGAGAUCAAACUGAGAUUGGAGAAAGAGGAGUAAAUAUCAGUGGGGGCCAGAAGCAUCGAGUAAGUCUGGCCAGAGCUGUCUACAGUGGAGCCGACAUCUACCUCCUGGAUGAUCCCUUGGCUGCUGUUGAUGUGCAUGUUGGAAAACAGCUUUUUGAAAAAGUGAUAGGGUCCUCUGGCCUCCUGAAAAACAAGACUCGUGUCUUAGUGACACACAACCUCACAGUCCUGCCACAGACAGACCUUAUUGUUGUCAUGGAAAGUGGCAGAGCAGCCCAAGUGGGGACAUACCAGGAGCUGCUGUCUAAGACCGAAAACCUCACUAAUUUGUUUCAGGUCUUCAGUGACCAAGAGAAAGCUCAUGUUUUAAAGCCAAACAGUGUAAUCAGCUCCAGAACUAUACUGAAAGACCAGAUCCUGGAGCAAAAACAUAGGUGUGUGGCCUUGGUUUCUCAUGUUUUAAAGCCAAACAGUGUAAUCAGCUCCAGAACUAUACUGAAAGACCAGAUCCUGGAGCAAAAACAUAGGGCCUCCUUCGAUCAAGGAAAACAAUUCUCAAUGAAAAAAGAAAGGAUCCCUACUGGAGGGGUGAAGUUUUCCAUCCUUCGGAAGUACCUGGAAGCCUUUGGCUGGCUGUGGGUGUGGCUGGUCGUGGCCACUUACGUAGGUCAGAAUCUGGUGAGCAUUGGACAAAAUCUAUGGCUUAGUGCCUGGGCAAAAGAAGCAAAACACACGAGUGAGUUCUCAGAGUGGAAGAAAAUAAGAAGCAAUAAACUUAAUAUCUAUGGAUUACUGGGAUUCAUUCAAGGUCUCUUUGUCUGUUCUGGAGUGUAUGUCCUUACCAGAGGAUCCCUGGCUGCCUCUCGAACCUUGUAUGUCCAACUACUGAAUAACGUGCUGCACCUUCCACUCCAAUUUUUUGAAACCAGUCCCAUAGGCCAGAUCAUCAAUCGGUUCACCAAGGACAUGUUUAUAAUUGAUACACGCUUUCAUUACUAUUUACGGACCUGGGUGAAUUGUACAUUGGAUGUUAUUGGAACGAUUUUGGUCAUUGUGGGAGCUUUACCACUCUUCAUUCUGGGGGUUAUUCCAUUGGUUUUCUUCUACUUCAAUAUACAAAGAUACUACAUGGCAAGUUCACGGCAGAUUCGGAGGCUGGCAGGAGCAUCCCGUUCCCCCGUCAUUUCCCACUUCAGUGAGACAUUAUCGGGGGUGUCCACUAUCAGAGCAUUUGGACAUGAACAGAGGUUCAUCCGGCAAAGCAAAGACUUGGUGAAUGAGAACCUGGUCUGUUUCUACAAUAAUGUGAUUUCAAACAGGUGGCUGUCCGUUAGACUUGAAUUUCUUGGCAACUUAAUGGUGUUCUUUGCCGCACUACUUGCUGUGCUGGCUGGCGAUUCCAUAGAUUCAGCAAUAGUUGGUUUGUCUAUAUCCUACGCCCUAAAUAUUACUCAAUCUCUGAAUUUUUGGGUAAGGAAAGCAUGUGAAAUCGAAACCAAUGCAGUUUCUAUUGAAAGAGUUUGUGAAUAUGAAAAUAUGGAUAAAGAGGCACCUUGGAUAAUGUCUACAAGGCCUCCAUCACAAUGGCCCAAUAAAGGGAUCGUGGAAUUUAUUAAUUAUCAGGUUCGAUACCGAGAUAAUCUUGAUUUAGCAUUACAAGACAUCACAUUCCAGACUCAGAGUGAAGAGAAGAUUGGAAUUGUGGGAAGGACUGGAGCGGGCAAGUCAACAUUAUCAAAUUGCUUAUUUAGAAUUGUGGAGAGAUCAGGAGGCAAAAUUAUUAUUGAUGGAAUCGACAUCGCAACUAUUGGGCUUCAUGACCUUCGUGGCAAACUUAAUAUAAUUCCACAGGACCCUGUUUUAUUUUCUGGAACCCUUAAAACGAACCUGGAUCCCUUAGACCAGUAUUCUGAUAGCGAGCUGUGGGAGGUACUAGAAUUAUGUCAUUUAAAAGAGUUUGUGCAAUCCCUUCCCAAAAGGCUGCUGCAUGAAAUAUCGGAGGGUGGUGAAAACCUCAGCGUUGGACAACGCCAGCUGGUCUGUCUUGGUCGGGCUCUGCUUCGAAAAACAAAAAUUCUCAUCUUGGAUGAGGCAACAGCCUCCAUUGACUUUGAGACUGAUAACUUGGUGCAGACCACAAUUAGGAAGGAAUUUUCUGAUUGCACCAUCCUGACAAUUGCCCACAGAUUGCAUUCUAUCAUUGAUUCAGACAGGGUGCUUGUUUUAGACUCUGGAAGGAUUGUAGAAUUUGAAACACCACAGAUGCUCAUACAUCGGAAAGGACUUUUCUUCGAAAUGGCAACAGAAGCUGGAAUAACACAAGACUCAAGGGAAGAACAAAUAAAUGACCUUAGCUGCACGUAUUAUACUGAAUAAAACAACUGUAGUGCAUUAGCAUUUUAAAAACAAUGAUGGGGGAAAUCACGUUCCCACAUAAUUUACAUUGUAUGAGCCGAUACGGAUAUUGAUAAUUACUGUAAUUUAUAACAUAUUCUUUAUUCCCUGCCUUCUCCGCAUUGCUCAAAAUGCUCAAUAUCACUUUUCCUUUCAGCCUCUGAGUUUGUGCAGGAGGCGCCUCCUCAAUGAAGCUGAUCUCCUGAUCACCUGAUCUUUGCUUUACACUCGUAUCUGGAUUAAUCUUUUCUGUGCUCUGACCAGGCCCACGUGCAUACCUUUACCUCAGCAAGGACCAUGAUCUAUAUUAAUUCUUGAAGUAGGUCUCUCCUCCUAGGCACAACUAUUUGAAGGCAACUGCCUAAUUUUAAUCAUCUUUAUAUGUUAGGUUCCUAACAUCGUGCUUUUAACAUUGCUGAUAUGCAACAGUGUUUGUGGAAUGAUGAUUGGACACUUUAGAGUAAUGUGAUAAGUUUGUGUAUAUGUGGACAUAUAUUACAUAUAUAAUAAUAUACACAUAUAGAUAUAUGCAUAGAUUUAAUAUAUAUUGAGCUACUGUACAUUUAAUGAAAUGACAGGAAUCAAAAAAUAAGUUAUUCAGCGGCUUUGGGAAAGGGUAACUAUUAACUGAAUUUAAUGGUCUGCUUUUUAAAAAAAUAAUGUUUUAUACUAUUUUUAUUAUUUGUCUUUGAGUAAAAAUAAUAUUUUCUUUGAAAUAUAAUAAUAUUUUCUUUGAAACAUAAUUUUUGGGCUGGAUCCACCUCAGUGACAUGGCAUCAGAUACAUUCAGCACAAGACUUGAUCUGUAGUACUGAUUCUAUUCGUCUUCUUUAUUUCAUAGUUUUAUGUAAUAGAAACACCAUUAUAUCUUUGAAUUGUCCUUCAAAUUUCAAGUGUUGAAACUUCAAUGGUAUUUUCCUUUCAGGGUGAUUUAAAUAAAAUAUUUUACCAUGUU